UACUACCUGUAAGAAAGAAACUUAAGUAGUCAAUGAGCUGUUUUUUACUUUCACAUUCAGCAGACUAUUCUCUGAGAAGGACACUCUCCUCUGAUUUUCUUCACUUUGCUUUUUUGCUGCCAAAGGCUUUACAAGAUGUCUGAUCAUAAUUCUGAGUAUGCAGACUAUGAUGCAAUCAUUUAUAAUUUCACAAGAAUGGACAAUUAUGAAAACAAACCUCAUGUUCAACCUGUUAACAAAACCGACACAAAUCCUCACGGCAUCAAGAUGGCCUACUUUAUUACAUACUGUAUCGUUCUCAUCUUUGGCGUCACCCUCAACUUCUCCGUCAUUGUCUUCGGCUGCUGCAAACACAAGAGCCUCCCCAAAGUUGCUGUUUGGAUCAUGGCAUUGGCAGCAACACAUUUAGCCUCCUGUGUAUCUGUUGUGUUACAGCUCCUGUAUGCUCACAAUAACUUUAAAUGGAAUUAUGGAAACGUUAGCUGCAAGCUGUCAUCUUAUUUCACCUACGGCAGCAUGCUCUCCACUGCAAGCAUGCUGAGUCUCUGGAGCAUCAGUUCUAUUUUUUCAAACAAUACAUGUUUUAAAAAGAGCAAGAACUGUAACGUCAUUCUGAUUUCAUUCGCCUGGACUAUUGCAGCAAUCCUGGCAAGCCCUUCGCUGUUUUCAAGAGAGGUCAGAGAAGAACAGUGCAUCGAUGACUAUGAUUUGGAUGACAACUCAGAAACUUCAGAUGGCCUCCAAAAGCUACAGACUGUAGUUGUCAUGCGAUUUCUCACUGGACUUUUGGGGCCAGCUAUGAUAAUAUUUGUCAGCUGUUGUGUUGCAUCAAAAACAAGGAAAUGUAAAUUAUGCAGGAAGCAGGCAGAGAUCAUCUGUGCUAUAAAGAUCAUCUACUUUGUGUGCUGGGCACCUCAAAUUUUCUUAACUAUGCUUCAGGCCACUGUAAGCAUCAGCCUGGGCUUAGAUAUGCUGAAUUACGGUCUUCCAGUAGUUACUAUGCUUGCCAUGAGCCACUGUUUUAUUAGCCCACUCUUUUAUCUGUUUCUGGGACGCAGCCUUAAAAUGGAGUGGAUGAUACACGACACACAACAUCAUGAGGAUGAUCUGCAUGGUAAAUUGGAAAGAGUUGCCUUGAAUAAUUAGAAGUCAAAUGAGGUUUGAUGUUGCAAGUUUAAAAACAAGGAAAGGUAAUAGUAUAGGAUAUAUAGUAUAUAUACAUAUAU